AUGUGCAUGGGAUUUUACCAUGUGAUUCCAACAGAUUCUGAAACUGUUAGGCAUUUAAAACAGGUUCAUGGCAGACCAUCUACAAUUGAAACAGUUCAAGGAGAUGUUGAAGUGAUUUACAGAAAGUGUGCACCGUUUCAGUUCUUGGCAUAUUGGUACAGUCUUCAACCUGAUGUUCUUCCAUUUAAUCAAUAUAUUUUGUCUGAGGUGUGGCUCUUUUAUGAGGAAAGGUUUGGCAAGCUGAGUGAAAUGCUUGACUGCGAUUAUAAACUUAUAACUGCUGCAAAUAUGAUAUCCUGACAGAGCGGCAGCUUGAAUAACUAGAAAGAUACCAGUGAGCUAGCUUGUGUUCUGCCAGCAUGCUAAUUGAUGAUGCACAAAUUGGUUGUUGUGCAAAAUCAACAGUCAAGUGUAUGAGCGGGUGGAGUUAAUGAGCAAUAAAUAAAAAAAUCAAUAAUAAAGCUGUAAAUAAGGGAGCCAACAUAGAUAAUUAUAGUGGUUUGGUCCGCAUGACUUAUUUCACUCUCGAGAACGACAACGGUGGCCUAGGUCAUUUAUUAAUGAAUGAAAUCGUCAGAGAUUAUUCUUCAGGGGUAUUACAAUGCCUUUGAGAGAGAGAGUAAUGGGUGUGGGAUGGUGUAGUGUAUGUGGGGAUCUCAAGACUAGGAGAGCAUGUCCUCUAUAUGUAGAAGACUUACAUUAUAUAGGCACACCAAGGCAGUGACGUGAGGAAGGAGUUUUUCACUAUCUUGGUAAGUAUAACCUU